GCCAGUCAUCAUUCCUCUCCCUUCUCCCCUUGUAUUCAAGAAUAGCUGUUUCAGGCUCCUGGACAGCCCCCAAUGGAUCCCAGACUAAGAAGAAUGGCUUCGGCCAUCCUCAUUUUCCUGCUGCUCUUGGAAGCAGGAAUGUUCUCCUCCUCCUCCCCCCCUGAACUACUGGACCAGGUCUUCCAGUAUGUCGAUGUGCAUCAGGAUGAAUUUAUUGAGGUGAGUGGAUUAGGACCCUGCACGUGGCGAGGGCAGAGCUACGGCAGCGGGCAGUGGAUGGAUUCCCUGGAGGCCCAAAGGAAUACCCAGACUCUGGCCGAGUGGGUAGCUGUCCACAGCAUUUCUGGGCAACCCCUGCUUCCUUUAAGACAAGAGAUCUUCAGGAUGAUGGACAUGGCAGCAGACAGACUGCAACGCCUGGGAGCGAAGGUCGAGUUAGUGGAUCUGGGCUCUCACCAGGAGCUGCCCGAGGGCCAAACCCUGCCGGUGCCUCCCAUCAUCCUUGCAGAGCUCGGCAGCAGUCCUCAGAAAGCCACUGUGUGUUUCUAUGGUCAUCUGGACGUGCAGCCUGCCAAAAAGGAGGACGGAUGGGAUACUGACCCCUUCACCCUGACCGAAGUCAAUGGAAACCUUUAUGGACGAGGAGCUACAGACAACAAGGGCCCCGUACUGGCAUGGAUCAAUGCAGUGGAAACAUUCCAAGUGUUAGAGAAAGACAUCCCAGUGAACAUCAAAUUCAUCAUUGAAGGCAUGGAAGAAGCAGGAUCGGUUGGUCUAGAUGAACUUGUCGAAAGGGAAAGGGACCAUUUCUUCUCCAGCGUGGAUGCCAUUGUGAUUUCUGAUAACCUGUGGAUUAGCCAGAAGAAGCCAGCGCUCACCUAUGGGACCAGGGGGAACAGCUAUUUCACCGUACAGGUGAAAUGCAGAGAUCAAGAUUUUCACUCAGGAACCUUUGGUGGCAUCCUCCAUGAACCAAUGGCAGACUUAGUGUCCCUCCUUGGUAGCCUCCUGGAUUCCUCAGGUCACAUUCUGGUUCCCGGAAUCUAUGAUAAUGUGGCUCCACUUUCUGAGGAGGAGAAGAAAUUUUAUGAGGCCAUUGAUUUUGACCUGGAGGAAUAUAAGAAUAGCAGCCAUGUGGAAAAAUUUCUGUACGACACCAAGGAGGAACUCCUGCAGCACCUCUGGCGCUAUCCGUCGCUGUCCAUUCAUGGAAUCGAAGGGGCAUUUGAUGAACCGGGGAUGAAAACCGUCAUUCCUGGACAAGUGACGGGGAAGUUCUCCAUCCGCCUGGUGCCUCAUAUGGAUAUUCCUGUAGUGGAGAAACAGGUGACACAAUAUCUGGAGGAUAUAUUCUCCAAGCGUCAGAGCCCCAACCACCUGAAGGUAACUAUGUCACUGGGAUUAGCACCAUGGAUGGCCAAUGUGACGGACACUCAGUACACUGCAGCAGGAAGCGCCAUCAGGAGAGUGUUUGGAGUGGAUCCAGACAUGAUCCGGGACGGUUCGACAAUUCCAGUUGCUGGAACAUUCCAAAACCUCACACAGAAAAGCGUGAUGAUGCUUCCGAUCGGAGCAGUGGACGAUGGGGAACACUCCCAGAAUGAGAAGAUAAGCAGGUACAACUACAUCCAGGGAACCAAACUGUUUGCAGCUUUUUUCCUGGAGUUUGCCAAGCUACAUUAAGAAUUCCCUCUUCAACCUCUCCCAGGCAAAGACCUAUUUCGGACACUGAGAUCGUUUCUCCUCAAGGCUGAGAGCUUUUCUUUGCUGAGUAAAAGGAGCAAAAUUUUUGAAAAACACUCGCUGAUAAUAAAACGUCCAAGCAAGCAGCCAAUUCGUUGCUGA